ACUUCAAGCCACUGAAUCUAAGAUUAAGAAAAUCUAACCCACAAAGGAAAUGAGAAAUAAAAUGUUUAUAACUAACACGACAGUAAUGCUAAUUUAAAUUAAAAAUAAUUUAUCCAAAAACAACUUAAAACAUAUCAAAACAAUGUGCCAUAUUUAGAAAACUAAGUAUUAAACGAGAAACAACAACAAAUUAAAUUAUAUAACUACAACAAAUUAAGGUGUAUAAAACUUAAAUUAACAUUAUACUCAACAGCUAUUAAAGCAAAUCAAUUUUACACACACACAUUAACAAACAACGAGAGAAAAAGGAAAUAAUUGGAAAUGUAACAAAUAUAGAAAACGAACAGCAGCAGGAUAAAAUAAAUAUUAACAACAACAACAUAUAAGCUGUAACAUAAAAUUAGCAACAAAUAGAAACCGGAAAUUGUAAUUAGAAUUUAACAAAAAAAUAUAUAUAUAAAGUUAACAAAACAACAAAGAAACAGUGAAAAUUGCAGUUUUAGUAACCAGCAACAAAACGUUUUAUAAACAAAAUGAUGAUGUUGUUGUUGUUGAUGUUAAAUUCAAAACAAUUUCAUAGUUUAACAACGGCAGCAGCAAAAGCAAUGACAACAUUUUAAAAAAAGUAAAAAAAAAACACUACUACCGUUUGCUGUAGAAAACAGUCCUUGUUGCACUUAAAAACAAUCAACAUUGUUCAAUUUAGUUGUUGCCAUUUUACUUAAAGUCUUUUUUCCAGUUCUGGCCUUUUUUAACCAAUUGUUUGUAUUUGAACAUGCCGGACAUUCAAUAAUGCAAUUUUCUUGCAACCGGAAAUAGUUGACGGAAGUUUAUAACGGCCAUUGACAAGCCAUAACAAUAUUGUGGCUCUUGUAUUACGUUUUCGUUGCACUAACCAGUAUUGAUUCAAGCUACCAGCAACAACCCUCAGAAUUGCAACACCACCUCCAGUAUCACCAACACCACCACAAUAACUACUACUACUACAUCCUUGGCAUUUGUAUUUGGCAGUUAGCCUGUUAAUGUUAACAGGAAUAUGUUUGUUGGGGAGUGUCCUGUUGUCCUUGUAGAGGCAAGUGUUUUAAACCAAACAAUUUAAUCCUUUCAAGGUUAUUUCCUAAAAACAAAAUUUUAUUUGGCUUAUAUAACAUGUUGUUGUUUAUUCCGAACCUGAUGAUGACUGUAAUUUGUAACGGAAAUGCAAGUUUUGAAGAUCAUGUUACAAAUAUAAUUUAGCUAACAAGCGGAUAUUAAAUUUAGUCCUUGCACACAUACUCAAAUGUUUAAAUAAUAAUGUUAAACUAAAUAAAUUUGCAAAGAAAAAAAAAAAUGAAAAUUUUAUACAAAUAAAACAAAAACAAAAGAAAACCAUCCUAAAGACUUAAAAAAACCAAACCAAAAAGUGUAAAAAGUUCUUACGCAUCCAAGUUUUUUUUUCAUGUUAACAUUUAAAUUUUAAUUUACAUUUUCUUUGGAAAAGUUUUGCUAAACAUUUUCUCCGAAAAAAAAAGACGCGCUAAAAAGAAAAAACUUUUUUUAUUGCCUUUCUUUUGAAAAUUUGUCCAUCAUUUAAAACCUGAUGACUACUGCCAAAAGACGUACUGGCAAUAGUGCGACAUUUGUUGCCGACAGCAAUCAUCAUUACAGCUCAUUGGAUCAACAGCAGCAACACACAAACCAACAACAACAACUACAACAUCAUCAACAACAUCAUCAACAUCAUUUGCCACAUCAACAACAAUACUUUAAUCAAAAUCAUUAUAAUCAACAACAAAAUAAUCAUGAAAAUCAACGUUUGUUGCAACACGAGCCAAUCUCAACUUCCAACACAAAUACAACACAACGUCAUCAACAUCAUACUCAACAGUAUCCCAACUAUAACGCUACAGCGUGUAAUAGCAACGUCACACCAGCAUCCACGUCGACAUCUUCGUCAACAACUACAACAAGCUCAGCAGCCUCCAUUAUGCGAGGUGAAUGUUCGGUGAAAUUACCUCUGGAUAUUUUAUGGUUACCAAAAUCCGCCAUGAGGCCUGUUGGCCCUGAUGCCUCACAUACCGAUUGUAUAUUGGUUGUCGGUGUCUCCCGUCCCAAAUUAGCUGUAGUCUUUCUAACCGUCAUGUUGAUUUCAUUAUUUUUAACAUUUCACGUCUUGUAUGACAGUGCAGUCUAUAAUAUACAAGCGGCACAGGCUGUACACGAGCAUCAUCAUAAUCAUCAUCGUUUAGCCUUAAUGAGUUCAAACAGUAUUGCCAAUGGUGGUAGUGGUGGUGGUGGCGGAAGCAGUAGUAGUAGUGGUGGUGGUGGUGGUGGUAUUAGUAUGAAAAAUAUCAAUAACAAUCGCGCCAAUCAUUUGCCUGAGGAUUAUAGUGGUAUUGUUGGAGGAGGCGGUAUGCCAGGCAGUAGUACGAAUAAUAAGCAUAUGUCUGAUAUCUCAUCAUCCAAUCAACAGAUUAGUCAUCCCAUGGUGUUUCCAUCAAAUCGAGUACAUUUUCCAAAAACAAGUCGUCGUUUACCGCAGGCUCUUAUAAUUGGCAUACGAAAAUGUGGUACACGUGCCCUUUUGGAAAUGUUGUAUCUGCAUCCUCGCAUACAGAAGGCUGGUGGUGAAGUACAUUUUUUUGAUCGCGAUGAAAACUAUAUGAAAGGACUGGAAUGGUAUCGCAAAAAAAUGCCACAUUCAUUUCGUGGACAAAUAACAAUAGAAAAAAGUCCCAGUUAUUUUGUGUCGCCUGAGGUGCCAGAACGUGUACGAGCCAUGAAUGCCAGUAUUAAAUUGUUGCUGAUAGUAAGGGAACCGGUGACAAGAGCCAUUUCUGAUUACACUCAAUUACGAAGUCAUGCAGCAACAGCCACACUACCAUUAGCCAACGAACAGCAACAGCAGCCACAACCAACAAUAGCACCUUCAUCGUCGUCCUCAUCAUCUUCAUCGUCGUCAGCAAAUGCGGGUAAAGUGUCCUCACAUUCAAUGUUGUACAACAAAUUAAAUGCUGGUUACUCCUCAUCGCAAGUUUAUGACAAUUCAUUAGGCGGUGGAGGUGGUGGUCGUGGGAGUGGUAAUGGUAAUGUGUAUGGCUCUGGGGCAGGUGGAAUUAAAACAAAUUUUAAAAAUCCAUAUAACAGCCAUCGCCACUAUGAAACAACAACCGCUAGUCCACAAACAAAUAUGGCCAAUUCUGCAGCACAAAUUUUGUCCAAAUCCUUUGAGGAGCUGGCUAUAUUUCCAAAUGGUACUGUAAAUGAAUCCUAUCGUCCAUUAAGCAUAUCUAUGUACCAUUUACAUUUACAUCGUUGGUUGGAAGUCUUCCCACGUGAACAGAUCUUGAUUGUCAAUGGUGAUCGUUUAAUUGAUGAUCCUGUAUCCCAGCUAAAGAAGAUUGAGAGUUUUUUAGGCAUUGAACAUCGUAUUACCAGUAAUCAUUUCUACUUUAAUGAAACGAAAGGAUUCUACUGUUUACGCUAUGACAGCGGUGACCGUUGUUUGCGCGAAACAAAAGGACGUAAACAUCCUCAUGUUGAUCCGGUUGUCAUCUCCAAACUGCGUAAGUUUUUCGCAGAGCACAAUCAACGUUUCUACGAAUUGGUUGGAGAGGAUUUGGGUUGGCCCGAAGAGUAAAAGAAGGUAAGACAGACGGAUAGACAGACAGACAGGAUGUCUGCAUUAACAAAGGACGUGUGUUGUGUGUAAAGUAUGUGUAUAAAAUAAAUAAAAUUAUUUAAAAAAAAAGUAGUUAGCAAUUGGUGUGUGUAAACAAAUGAUAAUGAAGUCAUAAACUGUAGCAGCAACAACAGAAGACAACAUGAACAAAAUUAAAACAUUUUAACGAUUCCAGAAUAUUUGUAACUAUUAAAUUAAAAAAUCGUUGAAAAAAAAACACAAAUUAAAAUGGAAAACUGUAUGAAAAAAGCCCAAAACCAACAUAUGAAAAGUAAAUAUUAAAGAAACAAAAAAAUGGAAAAAUAAGCGCAGCAAUUAAGAAAACAAGGACUGAAAUGCAAAUAUAAAUACAAGUACACAGGUUUUUUUUUAAGUAUAUAAUUUUUUUCGUUAUAAUAAUACAUUUUUCCUACUUUUUGCUCGUAUACUUUAAUUUACUUGUGUUGAUUUAAAUUAUUAUUUAUGUUAAAUACCCUACACUGUGCAUUAGUUGUUAAAAAAGAUUUUUGCUACAAAUUAAAACUAAAAAAAAAGCUGAUAAGGCGAUUUACAUGUAAGUGAAGUUCAAGUGAAUUUAAUGUUCUAACCAGUAUCAUCAAGAUACUAUAUAUCGUCGGAAUCAUUUCGCUUUUUGGUCUCAGAUCACUAUCGCUCUUUAUUUCUGUUAUUACUUGUUUCUUAAUACUCUUUAUAUUUUCUCUUCAAAAUUUCAAUUAAUUUUAUUAUUUUUCCAGUUUUAUCUCUUAAUUUAUUUACUUAUUUUUCGACACUUAUUUUCCUUAUUCGUUUAUAAUUAAAACGUAUAUAUUCAUACAAACGAGUACACAAGCUUAAUGUCAAUUUGAAUAUGUAUGUCGGAAAAUAUUUGUUUAUUUAUUUGUAUAAUACAGAUUAUUUUUUGUGCAAACUGAAAACUGUCAGAAGGUAAGACUUGGAAAGAAAUACCCAGCAGUUUUUUGGGCCACAAAAAGAAGCAUUUAACUUCUUAUAUUAGACAAAGGCCCAGGUCAGAUGAUCGCGCUUUGCUCAAGUUCUUUUUAGACAAAGACCCGAGUGAGACGAUCACGCUUUGCUCAAGUUCUUUUUAUCAAUCUUCAAGAUAACUGAAGGGUACAUGAGAAUAUCAAUCUCUUACAUUACUACUUGAAAGAAAAUUUUUUAGAAAAUAUUUCCUUUAAACUGACUUAAACGUCCUUGAAUUUCAUAAAGAUCCAUAAUGUGUUUUUAAUUACUAUUAUAACAUAUUAAAAUAAAAUUAAAAUUUACUACGCUGAACUUAUCCCAUGUACAGCAGGACUAACUAACUAUUAAAAUUGUGCGUGAUAAAUACUACCAAAGUGUUUAAAUGUAAAUAUUUAUCGAAAAAUAAGUUGAAAUGCAAGAAUUUUCUUUUAAAACUGAUUAAAAAGAUUAUAUAAUAUGAAAAUAAUUGAAAAUAUCAAUAAAAUAGUAUACACAUUAAGGUGGCUCUAUAAUGGUAGUUGCUGAUGUACCCAUCUGAAGUGAAAAUUUAGUAUACGGUGAACUAAUUUAGAAGAUAAUAAGGUCUUUUUGAGGUUUUAAAGAUCAGGUUUUUGGGCCAAUGUCCUUCCGUCUAGCUGUAUGUUUAUGAAAGUGUGAUAGAUAAUAAAUUUAAAGACAACUCGAUUUAACAGCUUUGGUCCAAUUGUAAUUGAAUGACUUUAUCAGUAUUUAUGAAACAUGAAAAUCUUUCUUUAGAAUUAUUAGAUAUUUUAAACUUUUGAUCGCUAAAUAUAGAUCGAAUUCUUCAAUCGAUCUUUUAUUUUCAAUAUAUAUAUAAAAAUCUUUUAGUAGUGAUCACAGAAUUCUUGUUUCUCUGAAAUAGUAAAUAAACAAUCGUUUGCUGAAUAUUGUUACUCAAGUAAUCUAUGUAUAGUUUUUUUCUAACGAUCGUUAUGUUCAAGUUUGUUUAAAUCGAUCACUAUUCAUAGUCUAUUCCUAGCUGAAGAAAUUUUCUUCAUAAGAAAGAAAGGAUCAUCGAUCGUGUUUAGUUUAAAUGAGGAAUGAAAAUAACGCUUACCUAUCUAGUUUUCAUAAGCAAAAAAGAAAUGAUCUCUACUUCAAGACUAAUUUAAAUUCAUAAACAUAUCGAUCACUAGCCUGAGAUUGUUAACUUAAGUUUUUUUUUUUCGGUGCAAAUUUUUUAUACAAUAGAAAAGCAAUAGUUAUUUUAUAUUAUUAUUAAAACUUAAAAAAAUACGAUCGAACAUUUCUUUUGUCGUGUGUCGUUGAUCACUAUAUAAGAUCAAACUUUUUUCUAAAUAUAUAAAGAUUUUUUCUGCUUUGGUGCUUUUUUCAAAGAAGGAAAUAAGCAAUCAUUUUCAUAACACAUAUUAUUUGACAAAUGGCAGUCCGACAGUGGACUAAGGUCUGGUAGUUAGUCAGAAUAUUGGAAUAUGGAAUAUGGUCUGGAAUAUAGUAUUGUAUGUAGUUAAUACUAUUGUAUGGUAUACAGUCAGGACUACUGUUUCUUUGAGAGUCUGGGUUAUAGACUAGUUCGUAAUCUAGUCAACAGUUUGGACUAUUGUCUAGAGUAGAUUUGGAUAACAUUCAGGACUGUACCCUGAAUUACAGUGUAGCCCAAAGUCCGAUCUAUUGUCUUGUAUGGCCUAUAUUCUGCACCGUAGUGUGAGCAGUAAUGUAACCUAAAGUCUGGACUGCAGCCUAUAGUAUGGAUUAAAGUAUUGUCUACAGUCUUGACUUCUAUAUAUAGUCCACGCUAUAUUCUUGUUUGGACUAUAGUCUUGUCUAUAGUGUGGUUAGUGCUGUUUAUAGUCUAGGCAAGACUAUAGUCUA